AUGUCAUUGACUAAGUCAGGUCAUUCAUUUAAAAAAAAGACACGAAAUCUGAGCCCGUGAAAGAGGAAAUGAACCAAUCGCCGAAUCCCUUGGGCAAACAACUGACUGGAGCAAGAAAAACAAGUCUUUUGAAACCAUCACUGAAGUCGGCUGCACAGACUUAUUAAAAAAAACUUUACAUAUGCAGCUCUCCGAUUCCGGGGAUUUAUGUUGCAUCAGCCAAAACAGUUCCAUAAAUCAGGCUGAUCGAGUUUGAUGUCAAAUCCAGUCUAAAUGCUCAUAAACGGUUAACAACAGAACACAGGAUGGAUGGCUACUUAGAUCAGCAAGUGCCUUACACAUUUUCAAGCAAAGCGCACGACGGGAGCUUCGGGCGGACAGUGAUUGCCAGAAAGAAAAGAUAUAUCCCCAAAGAACUAACUCAGGAUUCAGAAGAUCUCUUUCAGGAUUUAAGCCAACUUCAAGAAACUUGGCUUGCCGAAGCUCAGGUGCCAGACAGCGAUGAGCAGUUUGUGCCGGAUUAUCACUGUGAAAGCCUGGCUUUUCACAGCCCCACACUGAAGAUUAAAAAGGAGCCCCAGAGUCCCAUUUCUAACCCGAACUUGUCUUGUCGUCACAAGCAAUCAUUCCAGUACAACAAUGGGGAACAGUGCCUUUAUGCCAGUGCCUAUGAGAAAAAGCCACAUGUUGGUCUCAACUCCCCAGCUCCAGGGACCCCUUCAAAUACUCCAUUACAACAACCCUGCAGUAAGUCCACGGUGAAUCCCAGACGGGAUCACAGCUUUGUGAAUCUCCAUACACCCACACAGUGCAUAACCAAUGGCCGAUUCCCAAUGGACCACAGCUCACAAUUUCAACAACAGCCUUUGGAGCUCUGUCAUCGCUUCCAUUCCUCCCAGGGCAUGAACAGGGAAGCACCUUUGCCAUAUCAGCGGCAAAUGUCUGAGCCCUGUGUUCCAUACCCACAGCAAAGUUAUAAGCAGGAGUACCACGACCCGAUGUAUGAGCAGGGAAACCCGAUUGGCAGUGGGAGCACCCACUGUUUCUCACACUCCAUGCUCAUCAAGCAGGAACCUCCAGAUUAUGCAUAUGACCCAGAUAUUCCUGGCUGUCCUUCUAUGUAUGUGCCCAGUGAAGGUUAUGCAACUCAGUCCAGCAACCUUGAAGGCUUUUCAUAUGAGAAACAGCUGAGACCUUACAGUGACGAUGCAUCUGUGGUUCCCGACAAACUUGAAGGUGACAUCAAACAGGAGAUCAGUACAUAUCGUGAGGGCCCUCUAUAUCAGCGACGAGGCUCUCUCCAGUUAUGGCAGUUCCUGGUUGCACUCCUGGAUGACCCGUCCAACUCUAACUUUAUUGCUUGGACAGGUCGAGGCAUGGAAUUCAAACUGGUUGAACCAGAAGAGGUGGCAAGACUGUGGGGAAUGCAAAAGAACCGACCAGCCAUGAACUACGAUAAACUUAGCCGUUCACUUCGCUACUAUUACGAGAAGGGGAUCAUGCAAAAGGUGGCUGGCGAGCGAUACGUGUACAAGUUCGUCUGUGAACCAGAAGCGCUCUUCUCUUUGGCAUUCCCUGACAAUCAGCGGCCGCUGCUGAAGUCUGAAUUUGAUCGGCACGUGAAUGAAGAAGACACUGUUCCCCUGUCUCAUCUGGACGAGAACACCCCCUACAUGCCAGAUGCUGGCUGCAUCAAUUCACAGCACUAUAACAAAGGAUAUAUGUAUUGAUCAACAACAAGGAAAAUGUUGGGUUUUUAAUCUCUCUAAUUGCACUGCAAUAACUAUUAGAAACUGGUAGAAAUUAUAAGUUAGAAUCUGUUGCUUUAAACAUACGUAUAUCAAAUAACUGGGGAUAUAAAGUCGUCAUGUAUAUGAUUUUUAGAGGAUUGUUUUGUCUAUUUCUUUCUUGCAUAUGUCUCACCCACCACAUAUACACAUUGUGCUAGAUUCUUUCAUAGUUUGAGACAUGUCUUUUUUUUUAAAAAUUCAUUAUUCCCAAAUAAGCAGCAAAUUGAUCAAACCCCAACAUGUAGUCUAUUUGUUCUUCUCAAUUUUUAAAAGAAAUCUGCCAUAUUUAUGCUUUUUAAAUUGAGUUUCAUUGCAAGAGUUUUCUUGUAGAAAUCUGCCAGAACAUUUUCAGAAACACACCCAACAUUCAAAGGCUCAUGGCUGCUGACUGAACAGAUAUUCUUCAUUUUCUCACUUUGGUCCGUUUCUCUCCCUCUCUGCAGUUGGGACAUCUUUGCUUCCUUAGCUGUCUAACUUCUAAGUUCUGUGUCUCAUCAGCAGUGAUUAGAGCCAUUUAUCAAGCUGGUAUUACAGUUGGGGUCUCCGAGUGUAGACUGUGUUUCUGUGUAGCAGAGACUUGUUUGGGAAAUAGAUAUCACAGCUCCCCCAAAAAUCUAACAGAUUGGACUCCCACCAGAGGAUAUAGAUUUUAAAAAAGGAACAUUUUUAUUCUCUAGUUGUUCAAAGAGGAAGGAAAACCUGUUUUGAAAAUCCUUAAAACAUAGGAUGGUUAUUGUGGUAAACAAAAAAAGCUAUGGUUGUAAUUUGGAUGUGAGUUAAGCAAAGUAGAAAAUCAACACAUGAGUUAAAUGAAACUUCAUUUGACUUUAGCAAAAUUGAAUAGGGGAGUACUGGAAAAGAAGUCCAGAAAAAUUCAAAGUAGAACUGCAAAACCCAAUAUUUACUUGUAAAACAAGCAUGCUAUUUUGUUCCUCAACACACUAUGCAUAAAAUGCACUAAAUCACUUCCUAUCAAAUACAAUUCCGUAUUUAAGCCUAAUCUUAAAUCGAGCUCUGACUGAUCAGCUGACUGGCGGUUCGUUUCCUUCACUGCAUGUAAAGGUAAACCUAAUCUUUGUAACGAACACACCUUUUUAAAAUGGGGAAUCCUGCUUCAGAAUCCAGCAGCAUGCAGUAUAAAUAUUGGGCAUUUAUAACAAUAGUGUACAAUCUGCAUUAAAUCUACGGAGAGUGCAUGGAUUGUAAUCUUGUCACUUCUUAUUAGGGAUUAUCAUGUGGCUGCACAUUUAGACAUUUCAUUAAGCAUGAGUUUGAGAUAUGGAAGUAAAUUAUCUGAGUGUUAUUGAAAGUUACAUUGCAAAUCUAUCAGCUGUGGAAAUAAAUUCUCAUUCCAUGAAUUAGUGGGAUCCAGUCAAAAAUGUAGAUUUUGCUCUCUGUAUUUUGAAUGAACCAUUUUAAAAAUAAGUGCGUUCUGUAUCUAGUUCCCAGUGAGAACAUGCUCAUAGCACAAAACCGACAAAACCUUGCACCAGUGAACAAUCUCUGAGAGCUGAUUGCAUUGGAAAUGACAACAAUGAUAUUUCUCUCUAAUUGGAAUUGGCUGAAUAUGGACGGAGGUAAUUUUUCUCUCAAGCAUGCAAUGACCUGACACUGGGUUUGGAAUAUACCUCUCCCAUAAAAUGUAGAGCAGCUGGUGGGAGAAGCUGAUAAUUGGGUGAGUUGGCAUCAAAGAGAUACCUGCCCUUUUACCACCGUCAGAGAAAUUGCAUUUCAGCCAACCUUCAUGCCCCAUCGUUCAAUGAGGCACUUCGGUGAUUUAAUCAAUGACCACUCAAGGGUCAUAUCCACCAAGAGCUGCAAUUACUUCAGCGAUAUUUGCGAUGUGAAGGAGCCAGCCUACCAGAAAGAUAAAUCCCUGUCUGUCAAUUUGUUUGGAUGGGGGGUGGUUUGCGCUAAUUUGUACAACACCUAGGGCAAGGCAUUGGCCUCCAGGAAGCUCUCUCAAACAGCUCUGAACUUUGGUGAUCCUGCACUUACCUGAUGGGAGGGGAGAUCUUGUCCUGGCUUUGUAAAUCAACGACUAUCAGUGAGUUUUCCAAUUAGGCGUGUAUUCUAUCCAAGAUAGGCCAUGGACCUCUCCCCCAGAAAAUCUUCCACAUUUGGACAUUGUCUAUAAAUGGAAAAAUUCUAGUUUGGUAUUGAAAACAGACAGUACUUAAUUCCCCUUAAACACAUUUACCUUGAUCAGCCUUAAAUACAAUACAUUCCUGGCUGUGGUGGAUAUGAUCAUUGCUAUCUUGCCAGCGAAGUUUGAGCUCUUGUUUGGCUUAAACCCAAAUGGGUUUAUCCACCUGCCUGUGCCUGCAGGUUUUGGAAGGUAGCAUUGCUCAUUAAAGAGUUACUCUCAGAUUAUUUAUGUCACACUCUCUGAAUCAUAGCUUUGUAUUUUCAGCAUGUGCCCCAUGGUAGAAAUAAAUUAAACAUGAAAUUGAGAAGUACAAAUGGAUCAUAUACAUUGCCCCCAAUGCAAUUAGUUGAUACUUAGAGUAAGGAGCAAAAUUCUGAGGAAGAAAGCUCCAGCAGCCUCAUAGUGUUAAGUGAAAAUGAGGAAUAAAUGCCUUGCCAGCCAGCUUUAGAGUCUGUACCAGGUUGGAGGCUAGCUUAAGUCUUUUAUUUACUCACAGGUAUUAAGGCUCAUCUUGUUAGUGUGGAGGUGGCAUAAUAUCAGUGAAGUGAUUAUUAAACCAUGUGUAGAGUACUGGACAUCUUUAUGGCAGAGGAAUAGUUAAAGCUACCUCUUGUGUUGACCAAUUAAUAUGACAAUGUGUAAAAUAUUUGCGAUGUAUUUUAGGUUCACUACUUCAGGCAUAGAAAUAGAUGUACUAAUCUCUCUUGGCCUGUCCCAUGAUGGCCACAUUAGUUUAAACUAAGCUGGUCAAUUGUUGCUUUUGUCCUAUUUCCUUAAGACACUCGGUUAGUCUGAAGGAAAAGUGGCCAAGUGUGGUCACAGGCUUUUCAGUGUAGUCAUGAGCCAUAACUUUUGCUGAUAUUUGUAGGAAUGAGAACUUUGCAAGGAAGCAUGGUAUUUAUAAUGCACGGUUAAACAAAUUUUAUUCCUCAACUGACAUUGCCAUUUUAGGCAAGUUCAAGCAUGUUGCACCUGAAAUAUGCAAGUUUGGGACAAUCAAUAGUUUUAAAAUUUCUUUUAAAAAUCCAUUUGUCAAAUUAGUGUUUGUACCGAUUUUUAUUUGUUUUGAGAUCAAGACUGAGGUCAUUUACUUUGCUGCCAUCCUGUAGACAGCAAGGUGAGCAAGUAGGUUGUACCCUGCCUUUGUGAAUGGGUGUUUUAUUUUACAUUAUGCUUUAUAACGUUACUGCAAUCUUGGCUGACCUAUGUGUCCAUUAGAUGAUGACCUCUGGUAGUUUAUCCUGGAUGUGCUGACUGAAGGUUGAUACCAAGGAGUGAAUGCACAUCAUAAACAAAACAGGAAAAGGAGGACCAAGUUUAAAACACACACUGGUUUCUAGCCUUCUUUUUGCUCUGUCACUGAUUGCCUGGACACAGUUCAAUGAUACUAGACCCAGAAUGGCAUAUCUUCAUGUAUAUAUUUAGGCAGUGAGUGUGGGCAGUCCAUUUAACAUUGAGGGCACAUUACUAUUCAGAAUGGCCAUACUCUCGCACAGUCCCUGCUGACUUGGGUCACUACUCUAGGAUACUGAUAUAAACAUAGAAACUAGGAAUAGCAGUAGGCUAUUCAGCCCUUUGAAUGGCAGAGCAUGUUCGAUGUGAUCAUAGAUGGAUUGGGCGUGCUAAAUUGCUAAUCUUCAGGGAUGUGUAGGUUAGACACAUUAGCCACAGGAAAUGCAGAGUUACAGGGAUGGGGUAGGGAGAAUGGGUCUGGGUGGGAUGCUGUUCAGAGGGUCGGUGUGGACUUGUUGGACCGAGCGGCCUGAUCCUCUAUCUCAAUGCCAUGUUCCUGUUGCCUCCCCAUACCCUUUUGUUGCCUUUAACAUCUAAAAAUGAAUCUGUCUUUUUCUUGAAUGUCGAUGACUUGGUCUCCACACCCUUCUGUGGUAGAGAAUUCCACAGGUUCACUGCCCUUUGAGUGUGGAAAUGUUUCCUCAUUUCAGUCCAAAAUGGUCUACUCUGUACUGAGACUGUGACCAUUGGUCUGAGACUCGCCAACCAGGGAAAACAUCCUACCUGCAUCUAGUCAAUCCAGCCCUGUUAGACGUUUAUUUGUUUCAAUCAGAUCCCCUCUCAUCUUUCUAACUGCUUGUGAGCACAGGCCUAGUAGAACCAAUCUUCUAGAACAACGUAGUCUCAACCUAGUGGACUUCUGCUGCACUCCCCCAAUGACAAACAGGUAGGAAGACCAAAGUGCAUACACUCUACAAACUGAAAAUCAAAAUUUCUUGUGUUGUCAUGAUUCAGUUAUGUGCUAUUUUUGCCAACUCUCACAUUGGGAAAGCUAUCCCCUGCUUUCUGGUCAGCUAGAUAAAUGACAGCAUAGAGUGUUAAUGAAAAACAAACCACCAGUAACCUCCGACUGUAACGCCCACACUGAGUGUGCAGACGCACCGAAUGAUGUGGUUUGUUCUUCAAUAACUAACUAUUCAAAGCGUCUUUAUCCAGCAUGUAGUGAAUACUUUAUAUAGAAUCUGACGGUAGAUCCAACAGGGAUUUGAGGAGAAAUAAGUGGGCAGUGCUGAGAUAUAAAACCAAAGUUACCAGAAUCAAUCUGGAGGCUGAACUCACUGCUUGGAUUAAAUUUUGUGACCCUUGUCCAGCGAGCACAGUUGUCAAUUGUAAAACUCACAAGCAGGCAAACAGUUGGUCACAUAGUCAGUAAAGAACUAUCAACCUCUUGUAGCCCAAUCCCACCCUUUCCUUGCCUUCAUUGCUGAAUUAAUUUGCAGAAAAUGCCUGCUAUGGCUCAGUGGGUCCAUGAUAAAGUUGUUAUGCCACUUCCAUCGGGUCUACAUCCCUGAAUUGUGUUGGUUUCCAGAGCAAGUGUAGCAAAAAGCACAAACUACUCCUUUCCAGGCUUAAGGAGAAGGGUGGGGGAGAGAAGACUAGAGUUCCCUCCAUCUGCUUGUUGUCCACUGGCUCUUGCUGGAGGUCCCUGUGCAAGUAUUGGACGUAUGUCUUCCAUCUACAGUUCAAUAUCUUGCAACAUUUGGUCAAAUCUCAAACACAUCAGGACCUGUGAAACAGUGCCUCAGCGAAGAGUCAAUAUACCUUCAGGAAGAGAGAUGAGGAAUUUGGUCAACAAAGUAACAUUAGUUUAUGUCGAGCAAGAGCCAUUUUCCAGCACUACUUAAGGAAAGUGGCAUCAAUUAUCGCAGCAGUGAUUAUGUAGCAUUGUACAUAUUGCAGAUGUUGGUCUCAAUUGUCUUAGUUUGUAAAACUGUUAUGGGAAGUGGGGCAUUGUUUUUUAAAAAAAACCACACGUCUUUCAAAGGGAAUGAUUUAGUGCUGGGGUGAGAGCUAUCUUUUGGUUUCUGAUAUCUAAGCUCUCCUACUUGAACCCAGAAUCCAAUUGCAUCCCAGGAUAGGUUGAAAGCCUCUGCUCGUUUGUGUGCAAAAUUAGUCUCAAUCUUUGUGUCAAUCAGCAGAGUUCACAGGUCAGCAAUUUUACCCACAGGAACCAUUAUGUUAUCCAAAGUGGGAACAAUUAAUAUGAUGGGAUACAGUGAGAGUUACUGUUCCGGUUGAAGCUAGUAGGAGCUUGGAACCACAUCUCUAUGUGCUGUCUCUCCAUCCAGAAGGCUUUUAACUGACAUUUAUGUUCAGGCAGGAAAGUGGAUGUACUCCAGUACUGUUAUCCCUAUCCCAACUCAAUUAAUCUGCAAGGUCUGUUUACAUCGAUUUUCAAUUGAUGUAUUUUAAUGAUCGGAUGAGCCGAAGACUUACUGUACCAUUAUUAUUUCUUUUAUUGAGUAGCUUGACAAAAUAAAGUGAUCAUGCAUUUGUAAAUAAUGUAAU